AUGCAGGAGACGAUGGAGAGAACAUGGCUGAUAGUAGCCAUGUCGAUCUCACCUCUGUUCGUGUAUUACAUCCUAAAAAAGAUAAGGAAAGUUGUGAUCCAAUGGGCCCUGAAGCAUGCGUACAAGGACAACCGACAUGCGCUGCUCGCUCUCAAGUUGUUGGGAGGAAAGAACCCGCCUCUUGACGAGUUUCAAAGUUUGCUCCCUUCCCUCCCGGUUCCUAAGUUGAGCUCGACUCUGAAGCAAUGGCUGGAAUCCGUUCGUCCAUUGGUGUCCGAGGAAGCGUUCCGGCGGGCGGAGGAGGCGGCGAAGGAGUUCGAGAGCUCCAAGGAGGGAAAGGAUCUUCAAGUGCAGCUGGUGAAGCGAUCGAAGCAGUGCAGCAACUGGCUGGAGGACUGGUGGGUCCAGUUCGCGUACCUGCGGCAGAGAGUUUCUCUCAUGACCUAUGUCAACUACUUCUGCACCGACAGCUCGGAUUUUAUCUUCCGUGAACCGUACACGUCUGACCCGAUCAGGAGAGUUGUAGAUUUGAUCGAGUCUGCUCUGGACUUCAAGCAUCGGGUGGAUCACAACACUUUGCGCCCGCUGAGGAUCAAGAACGUGCUGCCUGUCUGCAUGAAGGGCAUGAACAAAGUGUUCGGCACAACUCGAUCCCCGGGCGAUGAUUGCGAUGAGCUCAAGACGCACAUCGUUCCCGAGGAUGGCGAUGCGCAUGUGCUGCUGAUGGUGGGAAGCAGCAUGUUCAAGCUCCCCGUGCAGGUGGGAGGCAAGAGAGUGUCAAACUCGAGCAUCGAGCAGGCGAUCCGCGAAGCCACGCGAGCAGCAGACUCGCAAGGGAAGAGCGAGUGGGGAGAGGGGAGGCAUGCUCAGCCCCACGUCUCUCAGCUCACUGGAUUGUCGAGGAACAAGUGGGCGAGCAUGUACCGGGAGAUGGUCAACUCGCACGAGGCGAACAAGGAAGGCAUCCGGACGAUCGAGGAAGCGCUCUUUGCCGUCUCCCUGCUGGAGGACUCGGUUGACUCCGGUGACCUCCACCAGUAUGUCAACAUCUGCUUGCACAACAGGGGCAGGCAGAUCUGGUUCGACAAGUGCUUCACUAUCCUCGCCUUCAAGGACGGGAGGGUCGGCUGGCAUUACGAGCACACAUACGCUGACGCUCCUGUCCCCGGGCUCAUGUGCGAGCAUGCCAUGGUCAACGGCAACCCCAGCUCAGAGGACAUCCGCUGCUAUCCUCGCCCCCUGCUCGCCUUCUCCGAUGCUCCUGUCUCCGCGUCCCCAAUCCGCUGGCAGUGCGACGCCCUGCCUGGCAUGAAGCAGUGGCUGCGGGAGGCGGAGGAGGAGACUCGUUCGCUGCUCUCUGACUUUGACAUCCGACCCUUCUACUGGCGCAACUUCGGAGCUGACGUCAUCAAGAAGUGCUCCAUGAGCCCUGACGCCUUCUGCCAGGCUGUGGUGUCGACCAGGUACUGGGGCCGGGCGGUGCUGACGUACGAGAGCGCAUCCUUGCGAGUCUUCGAGGGGGGGAGGACGGACACGAUCCGAAGCGCCACGAGCGAAGUGUGCGAGUUUGCGCGGGAGUUCGUGAAGGAGAAGAGGAUCCUCGCUCUUAUCAACGGCAUGCCCUUGCCGAAACUCUUCCAAGAGGAGGCCUACAACCUCGAAUUUCAGCUCGCCACCUCCCAGAGCCCCAUCGUGCAGGAGCACGAGAAGGUUCCCGUCGAGCUCAUGACACUUGGAGGAGGGUUCGGGCCGAUCACGUCUCCGGGGCUCGGAAUUUCUUAUCACAUCCUCCCCGACCGUCUCUACUUUUAUGUUUCAGUGCGAUCGAAAGAUGCGGAAGAAGACAGCAAGAGGUGCGUCGAGUACAUCCAGCAAGCACUGGAGGAUCUCAAGGGCCUUCUGCUCCGUUGCCCUCCAGAGAAGAAGAAGAGCUGA